CCGAAUCAAAAUCUUCGAUUUGAUUUGACUUUGAUUUGGGAGGUUGAUUCCGAUUAAAUUGUCACUGACUUGGACCAGAAGGAGUUGGGAAAAUGUACGGGCAGCCAAAUAAUUAAUACGACGUCUUAAGACAUUUCUAUUUACCCUCUGAUUGUAAAUUGGGUGCAUUUGGCGGUAUACUGCCUGAUUCUGCAAUUCAAUUUCUAGGGCAUUCCCUCCCUUCUUUACCUACCGAAAUUCAAUACUGUGGAAGGUUUCUUUUGUACUGUUGUUUUGAAGACAACAGUAUCUACAUCAUGAAAGGGUACAAUGUAGAUUCCGAUCAUGUUAUUGCAGAAUUAGUUGGAAUGGGGUUUGACUUCUCUGAUAUUACAGAAGCUGUAAAAUCAGUGGGUGCAUCAUUGGAUGAUGCAGUUGAGUUUAUCUUGAAUGGCUCUCGAAGAACCAACAGCAGUGCAUCAAGUAGUUCUGCAUGUCUCAAUGUAAGUAACAAGGUUCUUGGGAAAAGAACCACCUCUUCCACAGAAUCUUUUGGUAAGAUGCGGCAACAAAGCAUAACAGAACACCUGAUGUCAGCAUCGAGGGCCAAGAGAAGCAAGGUUACAAUUGAAUCUCAUGCAUCUGCCUCUAAGUCAAAUAUCAUGCCCCGAUAUGUGGAAGAACCAGAAGUUUCCCUUCCCUUAACCAUGGAUCCUAGUUUAAAUAUCAGUCCAGCAAUGACCAUUCUACCAUCUUAUUGCAAAGACAAAGAAGAACUUAGGUCAUACUGGGAACAUAAGGUGAAUAGUCUACUAGGUAAGCAUUUUGGAUAUUCAUCCUUGAAGAAUUUUCAGAAAGAAGCUUUGGAAGCUUGGUUAUCCCAUCAAGAUUGUCUUAUUCUUGCAGCAACAGGAUCUGGAAAAUCUCUAUGUUUCCAAAUUCCAGCGUUGUUGACUGGGAAGGUGGUUGUUGUUGUUUCACCAUUAAUUAGCUUGAUGCAUGAUCAGUGCUUGAAGCUAGCAAAGCAUGGGAUAUCAGCUUGCUUUCUUGGAUCUGGUCAAAUUGACAAAAGUGUUGAACAAAAAGCGAUUAGUGGUGUUUACAACAUCAUUUAUGUCUGCCCAGAGACAAUUUUAAGACUUAUCAAACCACUUCAGAGCCUUGCGGAAGGCCGGGGAAUUGCACUAUUUGCAAUUGAUGAAGUACACUGUGUUUCUAAAUGGGGUCAUGAUUUUCGACCUGACUACAGGCGGCUAUGUGUUUUAAGAGAGAACUUCGGAAGGGACAGUUUGAAAUUCUUGAAAUUUGACAUACCAUUGAUGGCUUUGACUGCUACUGCAACUGUUCGGGUUCGAGAAGACAUUCUAAAAUCAUUAUGCAUGUUGAAGGAGACAAAGAUUGUUAUUACUUCAUUUUUCCGGCCAAAUCUUUGUUUCUCGGUGAAACAUAGUAGAACAUCAUCUUUGUCUUCCUAUGACAAGGAUUUCCGCGAAUUAAUAGAGGUUUAUACCACAGGGAAGAAAUCUGCCAAAACAUAUAAUUUAACCCCACAAGUUCUGGAGCAUUCUACUGAAAACUCUAGUUGCAGUUCAGAUGGUAGCAUGACUGAAGUAGAUGGAACUUGCGAAAAUGAAGUGCAUGAUAUUGAUGAUGAUGUACUUCCAGAAAAUGACGGAGUUGGUUUGCAGUUGGAAAAUAGCUUAAACUCUCUAAAUGAGAAAAAAUCAUCAGUUCAGUAUCUUGAAGAUGAGUGUGAUCUGUUCCAUGACGCCGAUGAUUUGGAUGUUUCUUGUGGUGAAUUUUAUGGACAACCACAUAUAAAGCACUUCGAUAAUUGUGGGUCACCUGAAACACAUAACAUGCUGAACAAGCCAAAAGAAAGGCCCGCACUUGAGAAGGGAGAUCUUGGAGAGGGACCAACAAUUAUAUAUGUUCCCACCAGGAAAGAAACUUUAAGCAUAGCGAAGUUCCUUUCUAGUUAUGGUGUAAAGGCUGCUGCUUAUAAUGCCAAGUUGCCAAAAUCACAUCUCAGACAGGUGCACAAGGACUUCCAUGAAGAUGCCUUGCAGGGGCACACUUUUGGAAGUUUAAAAGUUCUAUUCUAUAAUGGUGUAGUAGAGAAAUCCAUCCAGGUGGUGGUUGCAACUAUUGCUUUUGGAAUGGGUAUUGAUAAAUCGAAUGUCCGUAGGAUUAUUCAUUAUGGAUGGCCCCAGAGCUUGGAAGCAUACUACCAAGAAGCUGGUCGAGCAGGUCGGGAUGGAAACUUAGCAGAUUGUGUCCUAUAUGCAAACAUGUCAAGAAUACCAACACUUUUGCCCAGUCAGAGAAGUGAAGAACAAACAAAGCAAUCAUAUAAGAUGUUAUCUGAUUGCUUCAGAUAUGGAAUGCACACUUCUUCUUGUAGAGCCAAAAUGCUUGUCGAGUACUUUGGCGAGGAGUUUUCCCAGGAGAAAUGUCUCUUAUGUGAUGUUUGCAUAAAUGGGCCUCCAGAAAUGCAGAAUCUGAUAGCCGAGGUGACAAUACUCUUGCAGACUAUCGCUGCUCAUUAUGGACAAAGGGGUUCUAUGGAUUUCUCAUAUGAUGAUGGUGUUGUCCCUGCCUUCACACAUAAGAGAUUUACAGAGAAGCCGAAUCUUAGAAAUUUUGUUAGUAGAAUAAGGGAACAGGAUCACAAAUUUGCUGCUAGUGAUUUCAUAUGGUGGCGUGGUCUUCUUCGUAUACUAGAAUAUAGAGGGUUUAUCAUGGAGGGAGAUGAAAUGAAUCAUGUUCAGAUAAAAUUUCCAGAGCUAACUGAAUCUGGGCUGCAAUUGUUGAGGUCGGCAUUGGAACAACCAUUCUAUGUUUACCCAGAAGCAGAUAUGCUGCUGUCCAUGAGAAGCCGUAAAUCAUUUUCUAGUUUCGCUGAAUGGGGAAAAGGUUGGGCUGAUCCUGAAAUCCGUCGUCAGCGCUUAGAAAGUAAGCAAACAAAGAGAAAUUGCAAGAAGAGAAAACCUCGUAAACGUAAGCCAAAUUUGACAACAGUUCGCGGGAGGUUAGCUGCGAAACUCUCAAAAAAGAACUGAUGUUUUCGACUAAUUGGAGCGGUAUUGAUCACUAACUCUGUUGCAAUUGUACAAAUUUUGAAGCAACUAGGCCAAACAUUUAUUAAAAACUUGAUACCAUUGAAGUUGUGUUGUAAUCCGACUGUGGACGUGGAAGGGAACGGCUUUAUUCCUUUUAUUUUAGGCUUGAAUGACUUUUUAUUUAGUUAAUAUUAUUAUUUUAUUAA